AUGGAAGAGAGGACAGAAGAGACGUUGGCGUUCCCUAUUAGAGUCUUCACUCUGCAGGAGGAGGUGAAGGAUGAGGAGGAGGUACAGUUGAGAGCGGAAGAGCAGUUGAAUGAGGAAUGGAACAGAGAAGAGGAGGUGAAGGUGUGCCGACAGGGAGCAGACAAGGUGUUGACCUUACUCCUCACCGCUGGACAGGAGGAGGCUCAGCAGCUCACUGUACAGGAUGGUGAUGGAGUGGUUGUAUUUCAAGUCAUAGUUUCCAAGGAGACUGACUGUUGCCGGGUGGGAUGCCAGUCUUUCCUGGUAACCUCUGGCAACCUGAGUGUUCUGUUACAGUUCGAGAUACAAACAGAUAUUCAGAAAUUUCUCAGGCUGCUGUGGAGCAGAAAUGACAAAGGGGCCAGAGAACGGUGCGAAGGAAGAAAUGGAAGAGGCAGCAUGGAUGGAAAGAGCGAUGGAGAAAAAGACCCAGAGCCCUGCAAGACUGCAUGCCCUUCUGUACCGCAGUAUGUCCAGUCCCAUGGCUGUCUUUCCCAACAGCAGAACAUGCUUCAGGACUAUUUGAGGACAGCCACCUACCAGAGGGCUAUCCUAAUCAAUGAGGUUGACUUCAGAGACAAGGUGGUUCUAGAUGUGGGUUGUGGUUCUGGUAUCCUGUCAUUCUUCGCUGUCCAGGCAGGAGCUGUUAAAGUAUACGCUGUUGAGGCCAACCCCAUGGCCAAGUAUGCGGAGGUCAUGGUCCAGAGUAACUCUGUAUCAGAUCGUAUCAUGGUCCUUGAGGGGAACAUGGAGGAAGUCAGCUGUCCUGACAUGGUCGACGUCAUCAUCUCUGAGCCAAUCGGCUACAUGCUGCUCAACGAGAGGAUGCUGGAGAGCCUCCUGUACGCCAGGAAGUGGCUCAAACCCAACGGUCGGAUGUUUCCAUCUUCAGGCGAUAUCCAUCUGGCCCCCUUCACGGAUGAGCAGCUCUACAUUGAACACUAUGCACGUGCUAGUUUCUGGCAACAGAGGUGCUUCUAUGGAAUCAACCUGAGCAGUCUUCACAGUGCUGCUGUCGAUGAGUUUUUCAGACAGCCCAUAGUGGACACCUUUGACAUGCAGAUACUGAUGGCCACGUCUGUCAAGCACUGCAUCGACUUCAUGGAGGCAAAAGAGGAGGAUGUGCACAGAAUGGAGAUACCUUUUGUGUUCACCCUGCUCCAGUCUGGUCUGAUCCAUGGCCUGGCCUUUUGGUUUGAUGUGGCCUUUCGAGGAUCCAGGUCUGUCGUGUGGCUCUCUACAGCUCCUACUGAACCACUGACUCGCUGGUAUCAGGUCAGGUGUCUGCUGCAGACCCCUUUGUUUGCCAAGCUGGGACAGACUCUGUCUGGGACGGUCCUGCUGACUGCCAACAAGAGGCAGAGUUACGACAUCCAUAUCACAGCAAUGGUCGACCAGUCUGGCUUCAGAUCCGGCAACACUCUGGACCUCAAAAACCCUUUCUUCAGGUUUGUGUUGUUUGGCAGCUGCCCCGUUCGGUGUCCACUUACCGAUGCCCUCUGA